AUGCCAGCCGGCUACGGCAACACUCCGGACCAGGUCACGAAAGCUUUGCAGCCAUCGGUUCUUUGGGCGCAGCGCAAGGAUUCCGUGUUCGUGACGGUUGACGUGAAGGAUGCCAAAGACGUGUCCGUUCAGUUGGAGGAUGAAAGCCUCAGCUUCUCCGCCAGAAGCGGCGAGGAUGGUGUCGAAUAUUCCUUCCACCUGGACCUCUUCGCCCAGAUUCGGCGGGAGGAGUCCAAGUGCAGCACGAAACGAUGCCCUGUGUUCUGCCUCCGCAAGGGUAGCCAGGAGACAUGGCCCCGUCUUCAGAAGAGCGGGAAGCUGCCCUGGGUGAAGAUCGACUGGCAGAAGUGGGCCGAUUCGGACGAGGAGGAUGAGAAGGGCGCCUUCGACACCUCGGGGCUGGAAGGGAUGGACUUCAGCAACCUUAGCCCGGAGGAGGUGGAAGGGUCCGACGACCGUGAUAGCAUCCUCGCUGAUCUGGAUGAGGAUGUGGCCGUGUUCACUGACGAAGAGGCCUCAUGA